AUGCAUAUUUCUCCGCUCAAGACGUGGGUUGAGGUGUGGCUAAGUACCAUGAUGGCCCCCAAUGGAGAGAAAUUCUCACUACCAAGAGCCCAAUUUUCGGGAAGAGUGGCUGGCUUCGGGAAAGCUGACAGUGAUACCGUGGGUCAUCGCUGGAUUUCAACAGAAACAUUCCGCAUAGCAUUCACUGUUGGGUGUCACAACUAUCAUGAGGCUCGUGGUGUUGAUUUGUACUAUGCAUCCUUUGGCCCUGUGCAAGCAAUUGUUGCCAAGUUAUGUCUUGUGCUGUAUACCCCCUACCAGCUCAACCGACGGCCGGACGGAUAG